CCGCCCCCGGCGCGGCUCGUGCUCGUCGUCACUCGUGAGCCGCGUCAUUCCGUCCGCCGUCCGUGGCGCGCACGCCCGUGAUUCUCCUUAAAUUCGCCCCCGACGCUACGCCCUCCGGAAUUAUAACCCCGGCCCGCUUGCUAGUUAUUGCAGGCAGCUAGCGGCUAGCGCAGCGGUGACCACAGCCACCGCGCGACGACGACGACCAGACCAUGGGCGUGCCGUCGCGGGCGCGGGCGCGGCUCCUCCUCUGCUGCGUCGUCGCCGCGGCGCUGCUCGUCGUCGCGCCGGGGGAGGUGGCCGCAGCCGCCGCGGGGCACGGGAAGCAGCGGCACACGCACACGAGGCGGCUGCGGCCCGGGAAGAGCGCGGCGGCGGCGGCUGCUGCGAAGCCGUUGCCGUACUACCCGGUGAACGCGACGCGGGUGGAUGCCAUCGAGCGGCAGUUCACGCGGUGGGUGCGCUUCAUGGGCGGCGUCGGCCACAGCAGCUACAACCGGGCGCUGAACCGCGCGUUCCUGCCCACGCGCACGCUCGUCGUCGACAAGAACCCCGCCGCCGGGAACUUCACGUCCAUCCAGGCCGCCGUCGACUCGCUCCCGCUCAUCAACCUCGCCCGCGUCGUCAUCAGGGUCAAUGCCGGCACGUACACGGAGAAGGUGAACAUCUCGCCGAUGCGCGCGUUCGUGACCGUGGAGGGCGCCGGCGCCGACAAGACGGUGGUGCAGUGGGGCGACACGGCGGACACGGCCGGGUCCUUCGGCAGGCCCAUGGGCACGUUCGGCUCCGCCACGUUCGCCGUCAACUCCAUGUUCUUCGUCGCCAAGAACAUCACCUUCAAGGUUCCUCGAGACCUGUCAUCAUGUCAUGUGGGAUGCAUCAAUCUUCACUGUUGCCUGACACUGCCAUCUAUUUCCGGUGCCCAGAACACGGCCCCCGUGCCGAGGCCCGGCGCGCUGGGCAAGCAGGGGGUGGCGCUGCGGAUAUCGGCGGACAACGCGGCGUUCGUGGGGUGCAACUUCCUGGGCGCGCAGGACACGCUGUACGACCACCUCGGCCGCCAUUACUACCGCGACUGCUACAUCGAGGGCUCCGUCGACUUCAUCUUCGGCAACGCGCUCUCCCUCUACGAGGGGUGCCAUGUGCACGCGAUCGCGCGGAACUACGGGGCGCUGACGGCGCAGAACAGGCAGAGCCUGCUGGAGGACACGGGGUUCUCGUUCGUGAACUGCCGGGUGACGGGGUCCGGCGCGCUCUACCUGGGCAGGGCCUGGGGCACCUUCUCCCGCGUCGUCUUCGCCUACACCUACAUGGACAACAUCAUCAUCCCGCGCGGAUGGUACAACUGGGGAGACCCAACACGGGAGAUGACGGUGUUCUACGGGCAGUACAAGUGCACGGGGCCGGGAGCGAACUACGCCGGCAGGGUGCAGUGGUCGCGGGAGCUCACCGACGAGGAGGCCAAGCCAUUCAUCUCGCUCGACUUCAUCGACGGCUUCGAGUGGCUCAAGUUGUAGCACUAGCACGGGAUCCAGUCCAGGAACUCAUUGUUGACACACCAUGACCUUAAUUUAAUUUCUGUGAAGAGAAAACAAAAAAAAACAAAAAAACGGAACGCAAAUACUAAUUCAAUUGUUGAAAUUGCGUAAGAUGAGAUUGG